UGUCAAAUCGAAUCGAAUGUCAAUCAGCUGUUCUACCAACAUGGCCACGUUAUGCCGUACAUCGGGAAAAUUAUUAGGAAAAGUGCAGUUUUUACCGGUUUUCUCACGUAAUCUAAGUUCAAUAAAGUGCAAUAGAUCUUAUAGAAAUGUUUGGAAGACAUGUGCAUGUGUUUUCGGUGGCGGGAUUCUAUUGUACGCUUCAAAUUAUAAGCACGGAGGCAUCGUAUACGCUCUCAAAGCUAAGCAACCAGAUGAGCUGGCGAAAUCGGUGAAGCUGACGUCCCGAGAGCGGAGGUUCAUCAAGUUCGCGAGCGUGGAGUUCGGCGGACAGCUGUACAUGACGCCGCAGGACUUCCUCGAGUCCGUCGUCGAGCAGGAGCCCAGGCCUCGUCUGAAGCGUCGGAUCCUAACCGCCAAAGAGAUCGACCAGCUCCGCGACCAGGUGCCGCCGCUGAAGAAGGGCUCGCCGCAGAUGUUCCGCAACAUGAGGGACAAAGGAAUCAUCUCUUACACAGAAUAUCUGUUUCUUCUCUCAAUUUUAACGAAACCGACUUCUGGCUUCCAAAUCGCUUUCAACAUGUUCGACACGGAUGGAAACCAAAGAGUAGAUAAAAACGAAUUUCUAGUCAUCCAGCGUUUGCUCGGCGGCUCAUUGAAGGAGCGCAAAGACCUGGACGCGAACAGCGAGAAAGCACUGCUUGCCUUAGUGUCGGCCAACACACUGCGGGACAGGCUCGAGCAGGCUCAGGCAAAGAAGAAGCCUCACCAGCCGUCCACAAUGGAGAAGAUCUUCAGCUACGCGUGGAGAGGCAAGCGCGGGAUGACGGACGAGCCCGCGGACGGGAAGCCUCAGGACCACUACGUCGACGACCAGGGCUUGCAGAGGAGGCACAAUGUCGAUACAUUGUUGCAGGUACACUUUUUCGGUAAGAAGGGCACGAACGACCUGAAGUUCGAAGGCUUUCGGCAGUUCAUGGAAAACUUGCAGACUGAAGUUCUGGAGCUGGAGUUCCAUGAGUUUUCCAAAGGACAUGAGACUAUAUCCGAAGUGGAUUUCGCGAAGAUCCUGCUCCGUUAUACUUAUUUGGACACGGACGAGUACGACAUGUACCUGGACCGUCUCCUGGACCGCGUCCGGGACGAGAGGGGCAUCACCUUUGAGGAGUUCAAGACCUUCUGCCAGUUCCUCAACAACCUGGAGGACUUCACCAUCGCCAUGAGGAUGUACACUCUCGCUGAUCAUCCCAUAUCCAAAGAUGAGUUCCACCGCGCGGUGCGCAUCUGCACGGGGCAGGCGCAGUCGCACCACGUGGUGAAGACCGUGUUCGCCAUCUUCGACGCGGACGGCGACGGGCUGCUGAGCUACAAGGAGUUCAUCGCCAUCAUGAAGGAUCGCCUGCACCGCGGGUUCAAGUCAUAUGCCAAAAACGAAGGCUGGGAGGCGUUCAAGUCGUGCGUCAAGCAAGAGAUGAAGAGCUCCGUGUGAAUCGUAUUUACUCACUUAUAUACUACAUACAGUCUUCUGGCUACUAUUCGAUAAUGUUCAAAAAUCUAUCAGCAUAUUAGGUAAUAACUCAGCACAACUUUUCUAAGCGAAAUCUCAAAAUAUGCACUUUGCAAUUUUGAGCAGAAUACUUAAAGUACCUACCUAGAAUCUUUUCUUUGUACUAUAUUUUCAUAUUAUUAGAAUUUAAGCGUACUUUUUUCUGCUGUUUAUGCUUUACGAUAUGUGUUAGAGAUAUUUUAUAUCCCUGUGAGAUAUUUUGUUGUGAUACAAGAUUUAAUACUGUGCAGGAAGCAACUUGCUCACGACAGUUAGGCCCGGUAUCCACCAAAGCGAAGAUGAGCGGAGAGGAUAAAAGGUUUGACCCUCGACCCUCAGCAAUGAGGAAUACUACGAGUACUAUAAUUAAUUAUUAUUUACGAAACCAUCUCUUUGGUGGAUUCCAUGCCUUAACGUUUACUUUACAUAUUAUCUAAGACAAAGUCCAGUGAGAUAUACUAGUGAUCUAGUUGCCUAAUUUAUUUAAAAAAAAAAUAUGUAUUUAUUGAUGAUGCCAAAGUCAUAUUAGCAUUGUAUACUUAUUAUUAUAUUGACGAUACAAUAUUGAUUAUUGAAGAUCAAAAUAAUAUGUAACGGAAUUUAUAUGUUUUUCUUUCGAUUUUCUCCGUCGACUAUGUAUAGAACUGGUCUAAGUUACUUAUUUACCAUACGUUUCUAAGUAUGCGUACACCUUGCUGGUUGUUAUAUAAACUUAUUAUAUAGUUAUAUCUGGUUAUAGUAUAAACUUAAAAAACCAAAAAUUAAAAAUUGUGAGAUUAUCAAUAUUCAAUACGUAGUUACAUGUAAAAUGUUGAGAUUACUGAUUUGACAAUUAUUUGUAAUUUCUUUGUGUUUUAAAUUUUAAUUUUGUUGUGAUUUGUUUUAGUCAAGCCGUAAACACAAACGCCACGCGCUGGAGUGAUGCGUUCUAUAAAGUUUUUUUCAAUAAAAAUAACACGCGUACGCGCGCGUUUAAGAGGAGUUAGCACGCUCUGAAGAAACGUGGUUUGGUUCUUGUUUAAAUAAAACCAACAAAUAGAACUCAAUGAGUUCACAUCAUCUAGAAAUGGUUUUCUAUAUUUUUGUAAAAAUGUGUAAUUUUGAAGUUACAUGAGAUUUACAUUCAAAUCUUUGAUUAAGUUUGUCCGUUGAGUUUUAAAUGCAAAUCAUAUAUUCAAAUUGGCUGGCAACAGUUUUUGACUGUCAAUUGUUGAAUUUGUAAGAUAAUGAUGUAAUGGUGAUACGUAAUGUAAAUGUAUGUUUGACUGGUUGAUAUCAAAAUGAGAAUCAAGCUACGUUUGUAUGGACAGCGCUGGGGAAACUGCUGUGAUGUUCUGCUGGUCAGUAGAUAUUCGUCGGGCUUUGUGUUUGGGGUUGAAUAGGUAGUGAAAACUAAUGCAGUUUUUCUCUGCGUACUUAAUUUAUAUUGGUUUUGCCAUGAAAUAGGUCUCAAAGACGAAUUAGGAGACUUUGUUUAACCACAAAAAUACAAUCUUGAAAAGAUUAAGUAAUUUUACGUUGUUGUGAAUUAAAGUAUUAAGAUUAAUUUAAGAAUUAAUUUAUUUGCACUUUGAUAAAUAGAUUUCUAGAAUACAGACAUAAAGAUGCAUCGCAUAUUUAUGUAGUUAUCAUAAACUAUUUAUUUGAAUUAUAAAUUCAGUGAUGUAUAAAAAUAUGUUUUUAAAAACUCCUUGACUUCCUAAUAGUUUGACGUUCUGAAUUGUAAUAGAAAUUAUUAAAAAUUAAAAUUAUAAGUAGUUAAUACUUUAGGAUAAUGAAAUAUUGCCAUGAUUUAAAUUUUAAUUUGAAAACGUGUAGUGAUUUUUUGCUAGUCUUUUGAGAAUUAUGGAUUAUAAAUUAUUUUUAUUCUUGCCAAUCACACAUUAUCUAUUUGGAUAAAAAGAAAUGUAUCUCUCUAAAUGUUUGUGGUAAUAAAGUGUUUUAACACCAUUA